AUGAUAUCUCAAAAAGUAGCUCUCGUAAUCGGCGCAUCUCGAGGCAUUGGCCGACAAAUUGCAGUUGAUCUUGCUAAGAAUGGUUAUGCAGUAAUUGUAUCCGCCAAAUCCGUCAGUGACGCCUCUCAAACCCAACCCUUCCCCCCAGACCCCAACUCCUCCAGCUCAACCAUCUCCACCGUCUGCCGCGAGAUCCUUGAAUCUGGCGGGACAGCCGUCGCCAUUCCCUGCGACGUCCGCGAUCACACCAGCAUCUCUUCCCUCAUCACCCAAACCAUCUCAAUCUAUGGACGCAUCGACGUCCUCAUCUACAAUUCCGGCGCCAUCUACCAUUCCUCUGUCCUCACCACCCCUCUUUCCCGCUACAUGUUAAUGGAAUCCGUAAAUCCGAACGGUCUCUACGCAUCCAUCCAAUCCUGCAUCCCUGCUUGGAAAAGUCAAAAUUGGAAUGCAAGGAUUGUAGUCAUAUGUCCCCCGAUCUACAGUCGGUUUUUCCGCGGAAAAACCGCAUAUGCAAUGGGAAAAGUGGGGAUGAGUGUUUUAGUCCAGGGACUAGGAAUGGACUUUGCCAGAAUGGGGAAAGAAGGGAAAGGAAUGGCAGUUACGGGAUUGUGGCCCGCAAGUGCAGUUGAAUCAGCUGCAACAGCGCAUUUUUCUUCGCCGCCAGAAGAUCUGAGGCAUCCGUCUAUCUUUUCUGAUGCUGUGUUGUCGAUAUUGAAGGCCCCGGUUGAAGAUGUAAACGGACUUUUGAUAUUGGAUGAGGAUUAUCUGAGAAAUCAUGAUGGGGUGGUGGAUUUUAGUAAAUAUGCUUUGGUUCCUGGGACCACGCCGAGAAGGAUUAUGCCGGCGAAGUUUCCUGAUUUGAGCGUCGAGGAACAGGAUGAUGAAGGGACAAGGAUGGAUAGUGCAAAGAAGGAAAAGAGUGGCAAAUUGAGUAAACUUUGA